AGGCACUCAGUCACGAGGUCCAUCAUGCGGAAGUGUUGAAAUCUGAUUAUCACUAAAGGGAAAGACGUGUAUUAGUUUAUACAUCUGGAUUUAAAAUUCAACCCUGUUUGUCGUUAGCAGCUGAAUGUUGAAGCAAAAUGUCGUCGGAAGAGUUUGAGAAGUUACACGAAAUUUACAGGUCACUGUACGAGGAGCUGAAGCUGAUGCCAGAGAAGGCUCUGAAGAGCCACGGAGAAGAAAGAAAGAAGUUGGUGAGAAUCUUUGAUGAGAGACAUGGGGAGGCUGAGGAAGUGUUACAAGGAAUGGAAGAGGAGCUGCGCGUUGCUCCAUCUUCCUAUCGAAAUUCAAUGUCUACAAAGCUGCGUCUCUACCGCCGGGAUUUGGGAAAGUUGCAGAGAGAUAUGAAAAACUCUGCUCCGACCUUUGGCUCCUCCUUCUCCUCUACCCAGCCAGUGGGAGGAGGUCAUCAUGGCAUCUACUCAGUACAAAAUGAACAAAGUACACACCAACAGUCCCAGAGAACUCUGCUUCUCCAGGGCACUGAGUCUCUAAACAGCGCCACCCAGAGUAUCGAACGCAGCCAUCGCAUCGCUGCGGAAACGGAACAUAUCGGUACAGACAUCAUCGAGGAGUUAGGGGAACAGCGAGAACAGCUGGACCGGGCCAGAAACAGAUUGGUGAAUACUGGAGAAAAUCUCAGUCGAAGUCGAAAAAUCCUUCGCUCCAUGUCUCGACGGUUAAUGACAAACAAGUUGCUUCUAGCAGUUAUCAUCCUGAUGGAGCUGGCCAUCCUGGGUGCCGUGGUUUACCUCAAGUUCUUCCGAAGAUGAUCUCAGUUUUCAUCAAAUGCUCAAAGUUGUCUUCAUUCUGUAUCCAGGGCAAACUGAGAAUGUUCUCCAAAUGUGACUUUGCAGCAAUAAUGCUCUUCCCUCUCCAGUCAUCUGAUUUAUUUUAGUCGUGCAAACAUGGACAAGACUUUUAGCUUUAAAGUGACAUGUUUUUGUAUUGCUCCUGUCCUAUAAAGGGUGACGUUAAUUUAACAAGAAAUGACAGUGUUGAACCUGUCUAUGGACCAAACCUGCAGAAAUCUCCAUGAAAAGAGGAAGUGUCAUGGGGUUUUUCUGGACAUGCCUAUGCACCUUUUUCUGAAGCGUUUCCUCUGCUUGUACUGAGAGGAAUUAGUGGAAUGCCAACAGUGAAGACUGUUGCUCAUGUGUAUACGCUCAUGGUUCUUAACUGUGUGAAUGGGUUAAAUUAAGUCAAGAGUUUUGUCUAGUUAACCCAACCAGACUGUAUGACCUAAUCAGUUAGGUUGAUCAGUUCUGAGACGAUUACUUCUCUGUUCAUGUUUAAUAUUUCUCCUGUGAAUAUAUAAAACCACUAGAUCAACCUCUAUGUUUUGUUUUUUUUUUUUUGUUUUUUUUUCUUUUAAGGGAUCAAUAGUUGAUAUUACCAUGUUUGGCAGCGCCCCCUUUUAUUGAUCGGGCUAUGGUGUUGUCGAGUCCUCCAUCAACAACCACUGCUUUAAAACUCCAGUAAACUCCAUUGGACUCCGCUGUUGAAAAACUCUAUUUAACCCACUGUGGCACAAUAAUUAUCAUGAAAAAGUGGAAAUUUAAAUUUCUUUGUCUCAUUGUGAAAUAGCUUUGUAGCAGCAAUAGCUCUGCACCCUGGGAAAAACCAGUAUAGUGAAAUAUUAGUCCAAAAUAGAAGUGUUGAAAUGAGAUGUUGUAAUGUUUUUGUUCCUGAGAAGUUACAGUAAGGCCAACAGUCCAGGUCAGAGGUGUGGCGGUGGGGGACACAAGGUCAGAUGUACGUAACAAUCAUUUCCUCUCAAGUUACUGCUAAGCAGUUGCUACUACAUUAAAGUCCAGUUCUAACCCCCAAUUUACGUUGUAUCCGAUUGUUCCAGGAAAGGCAGACAGGCAACAAAGAGAGUUUGAAAAACAUCUACUGUGAAACAACAUCACCAGAAUGAGUCACAGGCUGCAGACGUGGAGCAGGUCAGGUUAGUUUUCAUGACAAAUGUCAUUUCCCUGACAAAUGUUUGAUUUGCAUAAGAACAUUUUCCCUGCAGGAUUCGUUUUAAUGAGACUGUUCUCAUUACAAAAACAAGUUCUUGAGGCUGCUAUAAAUUCUUUGUAAUUAUUUGCACGUUAAUUUAUUUCCCAUGGGGUCUUUCACAGCAGCUUGGCUGGGGUUUAGGUAAAUAGCAGGCUGUUUCCUGAGAUGACCAGUGGCUCCUGAGUUUGUUUUGCGAGAACAGAAACUCCCAGUUCUGCUCAUUGGAAUUAGUUUGCAGCGGAAGAAAAAAGAAAACAUCAAAAAUGUAAAGUCUUUGACUUGUAAAGUCUAUUGGAGACUAAAAAAUAAACUCUGUUUUAAUGACAAAUCCAUCAGUAGCCUCAUUGUAGCAGAUACAGAGGAGACAGGAGAUUGAGUCAAACUUAAUUCUGCUAAUAAUAAUAUUAAUAUUUAUAAUCAUUGUUUGCCAGCAUUGGCAAUGAAAUGUAGAAAGGUACAUUAUAAGAAGAAAUCCUUACUCAAAUUACCAGGUAUAACAUGCAGUACUUCUAGUACAUGUAUUGUACUAUUCAUGAAAUGCAAAAAAAAAA